GGCUGCGCGGUUCCCGCGGGCGCAGUCGGUUUGUGCCGGGAGGUAGCUGCAGGGAGGUCACGUAGGUUACACUCAGUGACUCCGCCGGUGGAGCCUGCAGGCCGCUGUGCCACCCCUGCCGCGGCGCCCCGGGCGGGGACCAGAAUGGCGCGGGUCGGCGGCUGGAGGCUCAGCUGACUGCAGGCGCGAGGUACCGAGGCGAGCCCGAGCCAGCGGGGCCCAGCGCCGGCUCUGCCCGUCCAUCUCCAGCCGGCAAACUCUGCCUUCCAAACUCAGGGCUCUCUGCGGGAAUGUUCAAAAAUGAGUACCAGGGAGGCGCAUUUGUUGAAAUUUUUAGUGCUCAGGGGAAAAAUCCUGGAGCAAAAUGGAAGAUCUCGGGCAGUCCGUCUGUGAUUUGGAAAGAAUUUGAUAAAGAAGUUAAAAGUUUUGUAUUUGUCCUGGAGGGCAGCAGCCAAACCAACAGAAUCCAGUUACCAAAGGAGAAUAAGCAAAUCCUUGGACUUAUCCAGAGGUUUCUUGUGCUUCAGAUUUACAUACCCCUGGGACAGGACUUCUCCACGGAAUUACUAAUUACUGAUUUAGGAAACAUCAAAAGAAGAUUGUAUUUAUCAACAGUCCAUAAGGAAGUGUCUUCAACACCUCUUCAUGCAAAAAUCCCACUCUUCAUGAUCAAGCGUAAAAUCUGGUGCAAUCUGUGCAUUGACCUGGUCGCCUUUACCAGUGAGAUAUUCAAAGGAGCAGUUUUCCAGUCAUUGGAUGGAAUUAUCGUCUCUGCUAACUGUAAGCUGCGGAAGAUCUUCACUUUAAAAUCAAAGCCUCAAGAGACAGCUGAUAAAGAUGAUGAACCCACAGAUAUUAUUCCACGAAGCUGUCAACUCUCAACAGAUGUUCCUCAUGUCACACAGCUGCUGAACAUGACAAAACUCCGCCAAACUGAAAUUAAAUUUGGAGGUCAUCCUCUAAGAUCAGCAGAAUCAGCAAGAACAUACGAGAUUCCCACUCCAUGUCAUAAAGAAAGCCACCUCAGACUUUUCAUCCACUGGAGCACUACAAGGAAUGCUGGAGAGAUAUAUAAAGACCAGUUCAUCAGCAGUGGAACAGGCAGCAUCCGGAACAGUAAAAGUCAAGAUGUUUGCCACAUCGCCUUUGGGUCCAGGGUUCUUGGGCCCCCUCCACUCUCUGGCAGACGGAAUAACCUAAGGCUCUCCACUGAGACAGUAAGAUCCAUUGGGUACAAGAAUAGCCAGUUGUGCCAGCAGCCUGCAGAAGAGAAGCGUGUUAACAGUGCGGACUUGUCAGCCUUGCUGACACCUCAGUCUGAACAGCAAGGGGAGAAAGGAAGUACUCGCCCUACGAAGCAGACCGCACCUCUUCCUGCCAGUCUACCUAUUCCACACUCACAUCCCCCUCAAGAACCAUCAGCAGAUAAGGGUAGCAACAGAAGGAGACGGCGGCUAAAAAGCAGCAGCGGAGACAGCACAGAGGCGCGCUGUGGUAGUUCCUCAGGAAAUAACAGGAGUGAAGAAGUCGCCAUGGCCCUCAACAGUAUCACAGAGCUGAGGACAGAGCCAGUGAGAGCCAGCACUCCAGAACCCCUGUCUCCUGAACAACCAGAUGAGUGGAUAUUUCCUGAGAGUGGUGGCCUGACCUCCGACCCAGCAUGGAGAAGUCCGUCCUUGCUCCUAGAUGGGGACUCCUACACUGCCUCGCACCUGUGGCUAGAAACUAGCAAGGACAGUGAACCUGACCAGGCAGAGGAAACCCAGAUGGCUCCCAAGGACAUUUUUACCUUUUCAUCUAGACCGAGAUCAGCGCCUCAUGGGAAGAGUCAUGAUAUGUCCCCCAAGGGGUGCCCAUUUAUUCUGGACCCACAAGAGGACAGCCAAGUGACCAAGGGAGACCCCGAGUUGGAAGGCAACUUUUAUGGCAGUGACAGCAGCGAAGAGGAAUACAACUGGAGAAACUAUCAGCCCAGCCAGAUGAGCGAAUCUGAGCUGCAGAUGCUGGCAAGCCUCAGGCGGCAACAGAAUGAAGACCUAGAGGACACUGGAGCUCCUCACGGCCUAAGCGCAUCCCAGGUGGACAACUGUAAUGUCAGCAUCAGUACCAGCAGUGAUGACACGACCACGUGGAACUCUUGUCUCCCACCUCCUGUGAACCAGGGCCGUCACUAUCAGAAAGAAAUGAAUCCACCUUCUCCAUCUAACCCUCGAGACUGGCUGAACAUGCUGAGCCCUCCAAUCGUCCCUCCCAGCCAGCAGCUGGUCGCACAGUCUCUAGACUCCUCUGCAAGUCUGAGUGUGCAAGGUGAAGAGGACCCACGUGUGGAAGAAGACGAGGAAGUGCUGACUCUGUUGUAUGACCCAUGUCUCAACUGCUACUUUGACCCUCAGACUGGCAAAUACUACGAGUUGGUCUAGCUCCUUCAUCUGGAGAUAGAAGAACAGCAGCAUGAAGUCCACAAUAGGCAACGUGACCUGGGUAUUGGGCAUGGGGACCCAUGGAGUCAAAAGGAAUGAGAGAAGGGCUUUGUAAAUAGCAUUUAAUGUUAAGAUCAUCUGCAUUCUCUUUGUGACUUUGAAAGUUGUGGAGGAAUUAAUACAGACACCAGAUUUUAGGCUUUGAAUUUGUUCUUAGUUGUUCUUUCCAGUCCUUUAAGUCUCAUUUCGUAUUUGUUAUGUAAGCAAAUUAAGAAUUACUCCUUCAAAUUUUUCCAGUGUUAAUCAAUAAUAAAUGAUGGCUUGAUACACUACAGAAAGUGUAUUCUUGUUUAAAAAAUGUCUGAAACCUUUUUAUGGCUUGUUUGCAUUAAAAAUAAAAUAUAGAG